AUGGAUAGCUUGAAUUCGCUGGGGUCGAUUUACCAGGAGUACGGAAGUGCGCUCAGGUAUUAUGAGGCGAAUGAUUCUUUGAGCGGAGAGUCCAAUGAAGAAUCGGACAGCUCGGAAAAAAGGAAAAGCCUCAACGAAAACGUGAACAAUGAAGAGAGCCAAAGAGUGGAAAAAUACAUCAGCCUUGAAAAAACAGCCAAAAUCUGGGCAGGCACAAACGAAAUUAUUCACUACAAAAAAAAAGAUGUACACGAACUGAACAAAAUGAUUUACAAGCAUAAUAAUAAAGAAAUAAAUUUUUCUACAAACAAAAAAAUUUUAAACAUAAAUAAUAACAAAUUGGAAAGCACAGAGUUGUUAAAGGACCUCCUACAUUACAUCUACCAACAGAAGGGCAUGCAAAUGUUAGGCGACCUCUACUCCGGAAUUAUUUGUCUAGACAUAUCAUUCAAUGACCUGGUCGAAGUGGGAGAGCAUUUGCUUUGCCUAAGUAACCUAAAAGUGUUGUACUUGCAUUCAAAUAAGAUAGAGAGUAUAAACGAAAUUCAGAAGGUGGCUUCUCUGUCCAAAUUAAAAAAACUCACUGUGGAGAAUAACCCCGUUAUGGAUGUCUACGGAAAGUUCUAUCGCCCUUUCGUUAUUCACUACCUGCCCCAAAUAAAGUCCCUGGAUUUUUAUGACAUCACAAAAGUUGAGAGGAACAAAUCGGAGAUCGCGUUUAACACGCACAAGUAUAAGUUCAACUUGGCGUGA